AUGAACGUCUGGACGGCCUUGGCCGCGGCCUGCUGGAUCUCCCGGGCGGUGGCGGAGCGGGGGAGAACGGGGAGCCGCCACGCGGAGUCGGCGAAGUUGAGGCACGCCGCGCGCCCGCGCAGGGCCAUGGCGGCCACGUCGUGCGCCCGCGCCGCCAUCUCGGCGGUGGGGAAGGUGCCCAGCCAUAUGCGCGACUUCUUGUUGGGCUCCCGCACCUCGCACACCCAUUUCCCGGCGCUGCGGCGCCUCACUCCCCUGUACACCGGGUGCCGCGUCUCGCGGAACUUGGUGCGCCCCGCGCGCCGCUUGGGCGGCGCCGAGGACACUGUGGCAUAG